UCAGUCAACAGAGGAACAAGUCGGAACGCAGGAGACGAGGCGAGCAGGAGAGAAAAUGGCCGACAGAUUUUCUAGAUUCAACGAAGAACGUGAUUUCCAGGGUGGAAAUCACUUUGACCAGUAUGAGGAAGGUCAGUUGGAGUUGGAACAGGCGUCUUUGGACAAGCCCAUAGAAUCGGAUAACAUUGGGCACCGGCUCCUUCAGAAACAUGGCUGGAAGUUGGGUCAAGGCCUGGGCAAAACCAUGCAGGGACGAACUGACCCUGUGCCCAUCGUCCUCAAAUAUGAUGUCAUGGGAAUGGGCCGCAUGGAAAUGGAGCUGGACUAUGCAGAAGAUGCCACAGAGAAGCGUCGGGUGUUGGAAGUGGAAAAAGAAGACACAGAGGAACAGCGGCAAAAAUACAAGGAUUAUGCGGAGAAGGAAAAAGCCAUAGCAAAAGCUUUAGAAGACCUGAGGGCCAAUUUCUACUGUGAACUGUGUGAUAAGCAAUACCAGAAACAUCAGGAGUUUGACAAUCACAUCAACUCCUAUGAUCAUGCACACAAGCAGAGACUGAAGGAGUUGAAGCAGAGAGAGUUUGCCCGCAAUGUGUCUUCUCGUUCCAGGAAGGAUGGCAAGAAACAGGAGAAGAUGUUGCGGCGGCUUCAUGAACUGGCAGAACAGAGAAAACAGCAAGACCAUGUCUCUGGUAGUGGCCCUAUGUUUAAAACUACCACAGUGGCAGUGGAUGGAGAAAAGGGUGAGGACUCUAUGGAUGGAGUGCCUAUGACAGUGGAAACCAACACGGAAGCUAUUGAAGAUAAAGGAAUCUGUAGUGUUAGUGGUCAAGGCUCCCCUAGAACAGGGCCUGCCAUCAGCUUUGGCUUUAACAAAGCUAGCUCUUCUCCUUCUGGAGGCUCACAGGCUCCCAAAGUGAGUGUCUCCUUCUCUUUUGCUAAGAAAGCACCAGUCAAGCUUGAGACGGCUGCUGCUGUGUUUGCAGACCAUGGUGAGGAGAUGGUGGAAGGAGAAGAAGGUCAGGAAGAAGGAGGAGAAAAGACUGGAGCAGAGGACAUAGGUGUGGCUUCCACCACGGAUAUCCCUCAAGCAGCAGCAGCAGCAGCAGCAGGAGGAGGAGGAGGAGAAGGAGGAGGUGGUGGUGGUGGUGGAUGUGGUGGGGGGGAGGAAGACCAGUCACAGCCAGAUGAUGGAGGUGCCCUGGCCUCUACUUUGAACAAACUGAAGAUGAUGAUGAAAAAGGAGGAAGGUUACUCUGGACAGGAACCACAGUAUUACCAUUAUGUACCACCUGCACAUUGUCGGGUCAAGCCGCAUUUCCAGUUUCUGCUUUUCAUGAAGGCUUCAGACCAGUGUGAUGGCAAGGAAGAGGAGGAAGAUGGGACAAAAGAUGAUAAAGCAGUAUCAGAUAACGACGGAGAGCAAAAGCAUAUCAAAAUCAGCAUCUGCACAUCUGAAAAAGACACUGAGAAUGAACCACCACAGGCCCAAAAUACAAAUCCCACAUCAGAUACAGUGAAGGCAGAGGAAGAAUCAGGAAUCACACCUGCAGGGCAAAGUGAUACAAUAGUGGUGGAUAGCUCAUCCCAACAAACUGAUACCAAGCAAGUAAUGUCCGAGCAUACAGACACAGGUCCCCGCAUGCCAACUGGACCCUUCUUUCCUGUGCUAAGCAAGGAUGAAAGCACCACACUGCAGUGGCCUUCUGAAUUGUUGGAGUUUACUAAGGCUCAGCCAUCCCUCUCCUACAGUUGUAAUCCUCUUUACUUUGACUUCAAACUGUCAAGAAACAAAGGAAACUGGGCAAGCAAAAACAGCAAACCUGCCAAGCCAGUUAGCGCUGAAGGACAAGAGGGGUCUAAGCCUGAAAACACAGACAAUACUCCUGCCACUAGUGGAGAGGCUUGCGCUGCUACAACGAUUGCAGGAUCCAGUACAGUUCAAAAAGAACAAUCGUCCUUGAAAGAGGAGGGUGCUGAGAGUGAGAACAAUGAGCAGAAAUUACAAAGUAAUGAAGAUGUCUCUGCAGGGUCUAAGAAAAAGAAGAAGAAGAAGAAACACAAGAAGUCAAGCAAGCGUUCCAAACGUAAAGAAAAAGCAGCCAUGGAGGGGGAGUUAGAAAAUGAGAUUCCAGGAGAGAAAACUAAAAAGAAAAAGAAACACAAAAGAAAGAAAAGCAAAAACAAACCACGUAGCACUGAUGAAAUUGAAGCCGAGGGAGGUGACAGCAAGGAAAAAGAGAAAGACAAGGAUGACAAAGAUGGAGUAGCCACUGCUCAGUCAUCGGGAGUAAGCACGUCCCAUGAAGGAGGAAAGAGAAAACGUUCCCACAAAAUCUCUCAGUGGUCUGGAGUUGAGGAAAGCAGUGCAGGAAAGCCUAGCUCUACGGAGGAACACAAUGGUACUAAACGUCUUAAACCUGACACUAACACACCUGCCGCCUCCUGCUCUGCCUCUGCCCAGAAGAGCAUAAGUGGAGGUCGACCUCCAAGUAGUGACAGUGAGGAGGAUGGUGGAUCAUCCUCUCAACGUUCUCGACCCCCUCGGCGUCGUUCUACGCCACCACGUGAGCAGCGAAGACAUCGCAGUGAUGAUUCUGGGAGAUCAGGACGUUCACGCAGUAGGUCAUCUCGCCGAGGAGAUCACAACCAUAGACGCCACAGAGGUCAAAAGUCUCGCAGUCGAUCCUACUCGAGUAGCUCUGAGCGGUCCUCAGCAGGGAGCAGUGCUUACAGUCGCCGUAGCCAUAGCUAUUCAGACAGUUACAGUGACUACAGCGAUGAAGGACGUCGCCGCAGAUCUAGAAGACCUUCCUCUGACUCGGAUUAUGAAAGGCGUGAUAGUGGGCGAUCCCACAGGCGACGUUACACCUCGUCUUCAGAGGAGGACUCCCGUUCCCGCUCCCGCUCACGCAGCCGCAGGAAGCAUCAUCGGCGGAGACACCAACGAAGCAGUAGUCGCAGCUCCAGUCGUAGUAGUAGGAGUAGCAGCGCUCGUUCUUACAGACGCAGCAGCUACAGUCGCAGUCGUAGCUCCGCUAGUCGCUCAUCUAGCUCCACAAAGGGAUCUCCACAUCGGCACGGUCACAGUCGACGAUCUGACAGCUCAACCCGGCGGAGAGAUUUCAAUCGGUCACGAAUCUACCGUUCCCAGUCUCCAAGGUCCUCUUCCCGCACACAAACUCGAAACAGUAACUCGUCAUCAGCGCAAGGAACAAGAAGUGGUGGUGGAGCUUCGUCAAAGGAGGGAGGAGGGGCAGCAGAGCAUCGAAAUUCAUUCACAGCUCGACAACUCUUGGAGAAAAUCCAGUCUAAAAAAGGAGGGGAUGAAUCUGGUACUGGCACCAAGACAGGCCUCAAAAUCAAGGACCCUCCACAGGGAUAUUUUGGGCCCAAGCUCCCCCCUGCCCUUGGAAAUAAAAGCAUGUUGCCCCUUUUUGGCAAGCUCCAAGCAGGAAAGAAGCCAUCGUUACUUCCUCUUACACGUUCAACCGAUGGCGAAAAGUCAGAGCAAGGGAAAAUUUCAGAUAGUAAUGAGGUUAUCCUGGUAGAACCCAUCCGUGAGUUUCCACCACCACCUCCUCCACCUCAACCACCAGUUCAGCAGCAGCAACAGCAGCAGCAACAACAAAAGCAGCAAUUGGAGGAGGCUGUAUCAAGUGCAGCGGUGUCCGAGGAGACCAGACAUCCACCCUCAGACCCUCCAGCCCUUCAUGACUCUCAACCACAAUAUGAACAGGAUCCAGCACUGAUGAUGUCUCAAUACCAAGGUGAACCCAGACAAGACCCCAACAAUCCCAUGCUGGAUGGACAUUUAAUGGGGCCAGAAAUGGGUCCGCAGCCUACUAUGCACGCCUACCCUGGUUACCCUCCCAACAUGGAGGAUGGGGAAAUGGGCAUGGAACCUGAAGAGGAUGGUCUUGCACCUUUAGAAAGUCAACCAAUCACCUUUACCCCAGAGGAAAUGGAGAAAUACAGCAAGUUGCAACAGGCAGCUCAACAGCACAUUCAGCAGCAAUUGUUAGCCAAGCAGGUGAAGACCUUCCCUUCAGCUGCAGCUGCUGCGGCAGCAGCUAAUUUGGCAGCAGCGGCCAAUCUUGCCCCUGCGCCUCCACCCCCACCAGCUGCACUGCAGCCUAUCCACAUUCAACAACCCUCAGUUUCUGCAGCUUCUGCUACCUCGAUUACCACAGUCCAGCACGCAAUCCUGCAGCACCAUGCUGCUGCUAUGGGCAUCCAUCCCCAUACCCCACAUCAUCCUCACCCUGCCCAUGCCCAGCUGGCCCAGGUGCACCACAUACCUCAACAUCAUCUAACCCCUAUCUCCUUGUCACCAUUGGGCCAUUCUUUGGGUCACUCACUGGGUCACUCUUUAGGACACACCGGCUUGAUUCCAGCCCACCACACUGCCUUCCUUUCAGGCCAACCUAUACAUAUUAUACCAGCUUCAGCGCUCCAUCACACCCCUCUCGCUCUACACCACGUCCCACACGCUGCCCUCUACCCAACUCUCUUUGCCCCCCGGCCAGCUACUGCUGCGGCAGCAGCUGCGCUUCAGCUACACCCACUACUUCACCCUAUCUUCUCAGGACAGGACCUUCAGCACCCUCCAAACCAUGGCUCCUGAAAAUCCGUUUUCUCUCAAAGAGAGGGCCUGGCCCAGCCUGGCCCAGCAGUGAAUAGCUAAAAAAGAUUUAGCUACCGGUUGACACGAUCUGGCGACACACUGUCCUCUACGUGCUCUGCUACAUUAGACGGACCUCAACAGGGUUAUUUAGGAGUACAUUUGAAUUGAGGACAGAAUACGAUCUUGGCUGGCAUUUGAGAUUGUAAUGGACAGAACCAGAAGCUAGGCUGGCAGGUUGAUGUAUUUAACAUCAUGUGUAUAUAUAUAUAUUCACACAAGGAGUAUGAGUUGCAAGAAUUGGUUCAUAAUCCAAGAUGUGAAUCUUAUAAUAACUAGGAAACCACUGGCAUAUUUAGUUUUCUAUGGUAUGUCAUAAAUCUUUGUUUAUUUGUCUAAAGCUCAUUGGCUGAAGCCAUAAUCAAGAUCUUUGUUGUAGGCUUUUAGCGUGCUUUGGUACAGUUGAUAUUGGGUGAUAUUGAGGGUCAUUUUUGGAGACUUGUUUUCUGUGUACUAAGCAUUCAUGAAAGUUGCAGAAUUUAUUAACUCAUUGUAUGAAUAUGCAAAUAUACACUUCAGCCUGCUAUACAAAAGCAGGGUGUGUUAAACUGAUGAUUGGUUUGCUGAAAUGUUGUAAUAUUUUAUCCUUUUCAGCUCAUAUCAAUUAUCAGAAACAGUUGUACCAUACUCUAAUCAAAAGGGUGUCACAAAACAACAUGAACAAGAUGAUUCAAAUAAAAGCCAUACUCAGCACUCAACUGUGUUAAGCUAUUUUUGCGGGUUGGUUGUAAAUCAAUAUAAAUUUUCCAAAAAUAGUGAAUGGAACAGACAUUGUACAUGUUGAUUUCAAAACUUUUAUAAUGUCACAGGCUGUUGAAACUACAUAACAGGUUACACUUUGGGAUUUGAAGGUUCCCAUUCCUUGUUAUUGAAAUUGUGAAAUCUUGCACUGAAAAAUGUACAUUUUGAGAUGCUGUUUUUGCAUCUUGUAACAACUGUAUGAUUGUAGUAUUCUGCAAUAAUUUUAUUUUCUAUUUGAUUUUAAAUUAUUUUUCAGAUUUUUUUGUUUUGUUUUGUUUUUCGAAAAUGUUUUCUUUCUGUACAAUUAGUUAAGUGUAAAUAAUGUUAACGUAGUGAAACUAUGUAAAAUAAAGGUUUGUAACACCUGUUUAAAAAUGCUAAUAAAAAAAAUUAUGAAAUGGAAAA